CACAACCGUCGUUUUCUUGGCAAUUUAUAAUUUCUUAAAUAAAAAGCAAAAGAAUAAUGCGUUCCCCGUCGUCACCAACCCACAACACCAACUUCCGAUCUCUCCUCCUUCAUUAGCACAGAUCCCAUUCACACACACACACUCUCAGCUGAGUGAGAAAAAAUACACUUUGCGGCGGCCAUGGCUCUCCGGCGCCUUUCCUCCAUUCGCUCUCUCUAUUCCCCUCGUUACACGUCUUCCUUCGCGAAUCCAGCUGCUACCCGCCACUACAGCUCUCGAGUCACCUGGAUAAAUCAAUUGAAUGCACCGCUGGAAGAGGUGGAUCCGGAGGUCGCAGACAUCAUUGAGCUUGAGAAGGCCAGGCAAUGGAAGGGAUUGGAACUUAUACCAUCGGAGAACUUCACUUCGUUAUCUGUAAUGCAAGCUGUUGGAUCGGUUAUGACUAACAAAUACAGCGAGGGGUACCCUGGUGCGAGAUAUUAUGGAGGCAAUGAGUACAUUGACAUGGCCGAGAGACUGUGUCAGAAGCGUGCCUUAGAAACGUUUCAAUUGGAUCCUGAAAAAUGGGGUGUGAAUGUGCAGUCCCUUUCUGGUUCUCCUGCUAAUUUUCAAGUUUAUACUGCUUUAUUGAAACCUCACGAGAGGAUAAUGGCACUUGAUCUUCCUCACGGUGGUCAUUUGUCACAUGGUUAUCAGACUGACACUAAGAAGAUUAGUGCCGUGUCCUUAUUUUUUGAGACAAUGCCUUACAGACUGGACGAAAGCACUGGCUAUGUUGACUAUGACCAGCUGGAAAAGAGUGCGGUACUUUUCAGGCCUAAACUGAUUGUUGCUGGUGCAAGUGCUUAUGCUCGUUUAUAUGAUUAUGCACGGAUUCGCAAGGUCUGUGACAAACAAAAGGCCGUUCUGUUGGCUGAUAUGGCACAUAUUAGUGGGUUGGUUGCGGCUGGUGUCAUCCCGUCACCAUUUGAGUAUGCAGAUGUAGUUACAACUACUACACACAAAUCAUUACGUGGGCCACGUGGGGCAAUGAUAUUUUUUAGGAAGGGAGUUAAAGAAAUUAAUAAACAAGGGCAAGAAGUGAAGUAUGAUUUUGAGGAUAAAAUUAAUCAAGCUGUAUUUCCUGGGCUUCAAGGUGGACCACACAAUCAUACUAUAUCUGGCUUAGCAGUUGCACUAAAACAGGCCAUGACACCAGAAUACAAAGCUUAUCAAGAGCAAGUUCUAAGUAACUGUUCAAAGUUUGCUGAGGCUUUGUUAGAGAGAGGCUACAAUCUUGUCUCAGGUGGAACUGAUAACCAUCUUGUCUUGGUGAAUUUAAGAGACAAGGGUAUUGAUGGAUCUAGAGUUGAAAAGGUUUUGGAGGCUGUGCAUAUUGCAGCCAACAAAAAUACUGUUCCUGGGGAUGUGUCUGCCAUGGUACCUGGAGGUAUUCGAAUGGGCACUCCGGCUCUCACGUCAAGGGGUUUCGUUGAGGUUGAUUUUGCCAAAGUUGCCGAGUUCUUUGAUGCAGCUGUAAAAUUGGCCCUAAAGAUAAAGGCUGACGCAAAUGGAACCAAGUUGAAGGACUUUGUGGCAUCUAUGAAGUCAGACACUCAUCAAUCUGCACUAUCAAAGCUACGACUUGAGGUUGAGGAUUAUGCUAAACAAUUUCCCACAAUUGGAUUUCAGAAAGAGACAAUGAAAUAUAAGGACUGAAGCCAAGCUCAAACUCCUGAAAGACUGCCGUAUACAAUUCUACCAUGACCACGAGCGGCUUCUCAUCGGAUAUCAUGAAGUCCCUUAGUUUUGUACCGUGGGCAUGUGUUAUCCUUGGAACAAUAGUUUACAUUUUCUGCUUUGCUUCAUUUGUAUGACUGCCGCAGUAUCAAUUGAUGCUAUCAAUAUAUUGUUUUGUUUCUGUUGUCA